CCCUCUCCAAACCCGUUGAUACUACUUGUCAUUUGUUCAAAGCCCCACGCACAUACAGAAGCAACGCAAGAAUGGCCGGAGCAAAGCUUAAUCUCGUGCUUGCAGGUGCGCACAUGUCCGGCCUCGCGCUGAACCACCAAGUCACCGGGCUAGGAGCUUCGCUAGUCAAGGCGGUCAAGACCGCCUCAGUGUACAAAAUGUACAGUCUGGGGCCUCGUCCAGCACUCAUCCGUCAAGGCGCAGAGCCGGGCUGUGGCCAAAGCUUUGAGGUCGAGGUCUGGGCCUUCCCCAUCGAGCGCGUCGGAGAGUUCCUACGCGACGGUGUGAAGCCACCGCUGUGCAUCGGCGAUGUUCUGCUGGAGGAUGGCUCGAGCGAGAAAGGUUUCCUGGGCGAGGCGUAUGCGGUGAAGGACGCAGAAGAGGUCUCGUCAUUUGGUGGCUGGCGCUCGUACCUGGCCUCGAAGCAGUGAAAAUUUGUUUAUGUCUUCGGCGUGAAGCGAACAAAUCGCUCGGUGGAUGACGUGCUCUGCAGUGCUUCGUGACUUUACAGCACAUUUCGGACAAACUACUAAUACUUGUCAAUGCACAUCAUAUUUGCUUUAAUCGGGACGAAUAAUGGGCGAGGAUAGCGUAGCGGUGGAAACGGGCCGCUUGGCCCAGGGGUCUGUGCAACAGUCUUCACAUCCCGUGCGCUCCCCUGCCGCGGUGGACGCGGCCCUGGGCCAGCUGGCGACGGGGCUGGAGCGCCAGGAUGACGUGUCGCUGGCGCCCAUUGCCGCCGCAGCAGCAGCGAGUGAGCACGAGCACUUUCCGGACCACGCCGGCGGCAAGGCCGGCGGUAGGAGACUGCAGCCUGCUGCGCGGCCGCUGGUGACAGACAGCCAGGGCAGCGCGGCGCCGGGCCAUCCUUUCAUGGGCGCGGCCGCCGAUGCGGCGGUCCCUGGCCAGGAGGCGGGGUUUGCUGCGGCGUUCGAGGCUGUGGAGCAGUGCAUUGCCGCAGCAGGAGGGGCGGAGGCGCCAGGCGCACAUGCCGCUGAAGCGCCUGGCCGGGGACCCGGCGGCAGCAAGGGGGCGACGUCGCACGGCAUGGAAGGCAUUGGCGCGAUUCUGCCCAGUCGGGUGCCGGGCGCGGCCGGGACGGCGGAGGAGGAGGGUGGGGUGUACGGGGGUAUGGACCCGGGCCGGCACGCCACGGACGCACGCGAGCUGGCGGCGCAGGCGCCAGUGCUGACGUGAAGGCGCCGUGAAGCGCUGGGUGUGUUGAUUGGGCUACAAUCUUACAGAGGCGAUAGGGCUGCAGUGGUGUUGGGGUGCAAAGGUAUAUGCUGCAGUAGUGCAGUCAUUGUCGCAGCAGCCAUGCAGCCCUAGGAGUGAUGCCUGAGGCUGAGCAGCGGAGGGCACUGGCAGGGUUGCAUAGUUCGUAGUACGCGUACUAUGUACUACGUACUGUACUACGUACUGUACGCUGCCCUCGUCGGCUAGUACGUUGGAAAAUACGUUGUGCUGGGGAAACCAGCGGGGUGGGCCGUGGCCACGCGGGUACCACUCCGGCAAGUCCCUAGGGACUGCGUGUGUCCAAUGCCCUAGACUGCCGAAAUGUCAUCAUGUGACAUAUAAUAAGGUCCCUGAUUGAUUUCCGGGCACAAACUCGAGCGGGAGCCGAAGUCGAAAUGCUAAAUGUCGCGCUCGCCAGGACUUACUGGAAUUUGCCCUACGCAGUCCGGAUGACAUCUAUCGGUGAACCUUAGUCGACGGCACUAGAUACAGGCCCAAAAUACCGCCUAUGCGAGAUAUGGGCUCUGGUCCAUUUCGCGACUUGAGCCCUGACCAACAUGUUUUGUCCUCUGCCGAGCGCUCAUGCCCACUAAUGAUGUAAGUUAUGUACCUACAAAAAGGCGGCGUCUAAAUAUUGAGCCGUACGGCCUUUCAGGUUUCAUCUGCUCAGCUCCGCACCAUAGUAACCGUAUACUACACAACGAGAUGAAGCCGUAGGUAUGCUGGCGGCCUGGUCAGAUGAUACCUGUUGGGUCUACCAGGCUGUCAAAGUUUGGACACAGCAAAAGACCAGAGUGGUACCCGCGUGGCCGUGGCAGCGCCAUGGCGGGCGAGGGGCACGAGGGGUGCUGGAAAGGAUGUUUGUCGAAGUUCGCGAACCAUGGCUGCUCUCCGCACUGCAGCUGUGUUUGCUUAUAACAAUAUGAGUAUAAUAAGAUGAAGGAAAUUCCGCUAGAAGACUAUGGCCGCGCAAAUCCAAAUUCACACCGAUUCGGGCAUGGUGCGGGUACGCGUGCCGUGUUUGCGUCGGCUUCCCCCCCGGAUUUCCUGGCCCAGCGUAUUAUGCACCGUAUUUUAACGUACU